UAACCUGCUGAUCAAGACUAACCAGACCACAUUCAUCAAUAUCACUUAACUUACUUGUAGAUCACAUAUCGAACUCUGUUCACUGACCUUUCUAAGCCUCACAACAACUUUAAUGAAAAGCUACAGAUCGGACGAACAAUUUUCACAGGUUAUAGGAAUCCAGUGUACCAAUGAAAUUCUCAGAACAUUGGAAGAUUAAAGUAGCUGUUAUCAGCUUGGUUAUAGUCAUUAUUGCAGCUGUUGCCCUUAUUGUACUUUUUACUGUAUUUGUUCAUGGCUCAAAUAAUUUGGUGUCCAGCGCAAAUCUUCGCUAUUAUGAAGGAUCAUUUCGGAUACUAAACUUAAACUACACAGAUAGUUAUCAACAAAGUAACAGUGUCGAUUUUUUGUCACUGUCUGAAAAGAUUCAAAGCCUUCUCGCAAAGACAUUUGAAGAUUCAGAACUGAAGAGCCAGUUCAACAUGUCCAAAGUGACCAACCUGAAGCCUGGGAGUGUUAUUGCAGAAUUUGUGUUACUAUUGAACGAAAAUGCAGAGACCAAAGUUCUAUCACCUGAUUUGGUUCAACAAAUAUUGCUUGCAAACUUGAAGACGAUAUCUGUGCCAUACUUUGACAUUGAUGUCAACUCUGUCCAUCUCUCGGAAAUUCCUGUGACUGCUGCACAGAGUCUCCUCAUCAGUGGUGUGGAUAAUACUGCAGUCAACAAUGAUAUUCAGAUCUCUACAACCAGUGCAUUUUCAGUAACCAAGAGUACUACAGACACAGGAACUACCACUGUAACAACUGCAAGGAGUUUUGAAGACUGUGGGAUUGGCGGACCACCAACAUCUGGCAGAAUAGUAGGAGGAACAGAUGCCUCCCUGGGUUCAUGGCCAUGGCAAGCUAGUCUCCGUUACAAGGGGUACCAUACAUGUGGAGCGUCACUGAUCAGCAGUACCUGGCUUGUGAGCGCUGCUCAUUGUUUCGAGAGGUACAAAACUCUGACCUUGUGGACAGUAAUCUUAGGAACGAUUUAUUCAACAUCUGGAAGUGGGUUAAAUGUUGAGAAUAUUAUUGUUCAUGAAAACUACACUCCUGGAAUGUUUGCAAAUGACAUUGCUCUUCUCAAACUGAGCGAUCCGGUUACUUUAACAAGUGUUAUUUGGCCAGUGUGUCUACCUGACAAGUCAGCUGUUUUUCCUGAUGAUGCCUCGUGUUAUAUCACUGGAUGGGGAGCAGUUAAAGAAGGAGGGUCAGCAUCUUCAGUUCUACAACAGGCUGUGGUAAAGGUCAUUGGUACAGCCAAAUGUAGCAGUGCGCAGAUGUAUGGAAGUCAGAUCGUACCCUCAAUGAUAUGUGCAGGUUACGUGGAUGGACAAAUUGACUCCUGUCAGGGAGACUCUGGAGGGCCACUAGUCACUAAACGACUUAAUGGUACAUGGGUACUUGUUGGAAGUGUCAGCUUUGGAUAUGGAUGUGCUGAACCCAAUAAGCCUGGUGUCUACUCCAGAACAACUUACCUACGUAGCUGGAUCAAAGAAAAGUGUGGCGUAUAACUGAAAAGUAGCUUUCGUUCUAAACUACAAAUUAUUAUCAUUUUCUAGGGUAUUCUGUGAAAGCUUUUAUAAGAAACUGUUGAAAUUAUUCUCCUUUACCUGGUAAACAUAAGAAGGAGCUGUACGGGUUUGAUCAGAAUGAACACAAUUUCCAUGGAUGUCACUGUCCAUAACACCGCACUGAGAACAAAUGUAGUAUUUCCACACAAUAAAAUAUAAUUUUUUCACAUUUCAAACAUGUUUGAGGAUGAAUAUAAAUGCUUCACUUUGUACAUUGUG